AGCUGGACACCAUGGAGUGCAGGCUGCGUCACCUGGAGAGCAGAGUGAUCUCGGACGUGGGGAAGACUCCGGACAUCAUGUGUGAGCUGAAGAGUCAGGUGGAGUCGUUUCAGAGGAAGCUUGAGAGCGUGGAGCACCUGAGCUGGAUGGGUCUCUUUAAAGAGGACAGCGACCACAAGCUCUCCAAGUUGUCCCCGAAACCCAAAACUUCUCAGCUGGGCGUGCAGGAGGAACGCCAGCAAGUCCGCAAGAAGUUCCUUAACAUGAGCUCGCUGCAGGUGACGGAAGAAGUGAGAGAGAAUCUGAAAACUCCCAUUUUUGACAACUGGCAGUGGGAGGAGGCAGAGAUGCUGGUGCUCCUCCAGGUGAUGUUCACCGACCUGGACUUCCUGACGGUGUUCCACAUCGAGCUGGAGGUCCUGCAGAACUUCCUGUUCCAGGUCUACUGCCACUACAACAACAUCCCCUUCCACAACUUCAGACACUGCUUCUGCGUCACUCAGAUGAUGUACGGGCUGAUCUGGCUGACUGACCUCAGGAGUAAAAUCUCAAGAAUCGACCUGCUGAUCAUGUUGACCUCGGCUCUGUGCCACGACCUCGACCAUCCCGGCUACAACAACGUCUACCAGAUCAAUGCUCAGACCGACUUGGCUCUACGCUACAACGACAUCUCACCCCUGGAAAACCACCACUGUGCUGUCGCCUUUGGCAUCAUGUCCAAG